UAGCUUGUUGCUUAGAAGGUGUAGAUUAUUAGGGAAACCUUGUAAAAUUCAUUGAACAGAUAUGGUACUAAGAAUAUAUUCCAUACACAAGAAUACAGGCUUAUAGAAGAAGGACGACCAGGAAGGAUUUAGGAACACAAAUUUAGAGGGUGGGAGAUAAGGUAGUGGGAGUGACUUGGAGUGAGGGGAAUUGGAGGAAGGGUUAGUGGGGAGGGGUUAUUUAGGAGUGUAGAGAUGGGGUGAGGGGAGAAUUAGGGGUUGGGGUGGGAAUAGUUGGUGGGAUGAGGAGAGAUGUGGUGGAGUGGUUUUUAUUGGGUUUGAAGGGUUUUAGUUGGAAGCGAAUGCUAGGGUUUAGGAUUGGGGUGGUUUAAUUGUAUAUGUAUUAUUUGUAAUUAUUUAUUAACUGCAGCAAAUUUUUUUAUAAAAAAAUAUGGCAUGGAAAAGUUAGAAAGGUAUUAUGUAGGUCAAGUAUAUUGUAUCAUUGUCAACACCGAAAAUUUGUAUAUCAUUUUUGGUGUUGAGGAUUUGAAUUAAAACAUUUAGAAUGAGUUGUAUUAUGUUGCUGUAUUUGGGCCCACGUCCCAAAAGAUCAAUUUCUCCAAAUGGAUUUUGGGUGUCGAUGAUGGUACUAGGAACUCUAUAUACUAAAUACCUUCCUGUUUUUAUUAAGGGAUUUCAUUUAAGAUAUUUCUUAUAAUUAAUUACCUAUAAU